UAACUAAAGUUCUAUUUGUGUUAAUAAGUAUAGAAGAUUGAAAAAAGAAAUGAGUGUUAUACAGAAAUACAUGGGUUAUCCUCCAAGACGAUUAGCUGUCCUUUGUAUCUAUUCUGCUGCAUCUGGAACCUGUUUUGGGAAGAUUUAUUCAAACUUAAAAAAGCAUCCUGGAACUGGAACAAAAAUUAUAAAAAUUUCUCUUGCCACAGGUUUAUUUGCUGGCACAUGUGGUUUAACUUAUGGGCUUUUAAAAAAUGUACGACCUUUGAGUUUAUUUUUAUCACAAAAUAUGUAUGUAACACUUGUCUCAGUGAUUUUUUUGAAUGUUCGAUCUGUGAUUAGCAACGCAGAAUAUCAUCUUCCAACUCAGAAAGAUUAUAAACGCAUGAAUGAUCUUUCUAUAUCAACAGUGAGUGCUGGAAUCACAGGAGGACUGAUUGGUUUUGUCAGAACUCAAGGGAUUAUUUUUUUCACAACUGGAUCCGUUAUUGGUUCCGUUUCUGGAUUUUUUGGUCAUCUGCUGUAUGACAAAAUUCGGGCCUUACGCAUUAAAUACUUUUUACAACAACAAUACCCAGAUCUUCUUUCUAAACACAGAGAAUGUGAAGAAUGGAUGUUAGAACAGACUAUGACAAAUCCUGAUUACACUGGGCCAAAAAAAAGCGAACCAUAUAUUGUGCAAUGGCUUAAUAGUUUGUGGGGAGAUUAUUAUAAAACAAAGAAAUCUCUGGAUAUAGAUGUUAAUUCAUAAUUUCCAACUAUAUUUUCUAACUAUA